UGGCUGCUUUAAAGCACUACCUUGUAAUUAUUUUAAAGCAGGAAAGCAAAAUGGAGGAACUAAAAGAUGUCACAGUUCUUUUCAAAACAUCUAUUGUUGAACACUUUGGUGAGGCGUUGCUAAACUCCCUUUGUAAUCUAAAUUCAAUGGAUGACUAUCAAAACCUGGACAUAUCUCUUGUGUACAACCUUCUCAGGAACGUUUGCAAAAAUGUAACUCCCCCAAAACGAGGCUGGGGUUAUGAACCUUCUGCUGAUGAUGUAAGCCUGGGUGCUGAUAUUGAAAGAAUCCGUUCAAUGUGGAAUAGAUAUUGCGAUGGAGAGACGGAAUUUCUGUACCUUAGAGAGAUAUUUGUCAGAAUGGUUGAUCGAUAUGGAAAUACUUCAGAUCUCGUUAAAUUUGAAGACACUGGAAGGAUAAAAAUAUUGAGUUUUGAGAUAAAUCCUGAAUGUCAAGACGAAAAUGGAGUUGUUUUAACAAAGGCCUUAAAAGCAGUUCUAGAUAUUCUGGAACAAGAAUACUGUGUAGUAGUGAAAGGGGCUGUAGGAACUGGAAAAUCAACCUGUCUGAAUUACAUUGAUAGACAUUACAGAAGAAAUCAAUGGGAAGUAAGGAGGAAGGUAGGAAGUAUAACCCAGUCAGACGUGUACGUACCUGUAGAUGAAACAAGAAAGCUUUUGUGCUGCGAUGACCUCUUUGGGGUUUAUAAUAGAGGUAACUUUGCUGCAACCGCCGAAAUUAUUACGGCCCUGGAAAAUAUAGAGCAGAAAGUAAAUCAAAAUAUGAAAGUUGUCCUUGCUAUACAUGACCAUGUAUAUGAAGAGUUGCAAAAAAGCCAUUCUAUCAAAGUUUUUCAAAACAAACGUAACGUAGUAGACUUUAACGAACUUUCAGACGCAGAAAUGCUGCUGAUCUUUAAUGACCAAAGAAAGAAUGGUCAUUGUUCAAAAAACCCAAAAUGUUGGUUUCGAAACGUUGACUUUGAUUCGAUAAAGGACACUCUCAAAGAAAAUACAGGAAAAGUAGGAAAUCCAAUUCUUACUCUUUUAUAUUCUAAUCUUCAUGAUACAUUUGCCCCAAAAAAGGACACACAAGAUAUAGUUAAGGAAUUGUGCUCUAUAUUUCAAAACAUGUUGGAGAACAACCCUGAUUUAUUCCAUGUAUUGCUGUAUGUCAUGUUCGUUGAAACUCACAGCUUAGAUAAGAAUGUGGAAAAAUGGGCGUAUAAACUUGGAAGCCUCGACUCUACAAUGGUGGAUCAGAAUGUCAGCCAUCUUGAUGCAUUUCUUUUUGUCCAGGCUGAUGGAAGAAGAAUAAAAAUAAAACAUGAACUAUUAAGUUUUGCCUUAUUUAAGUGUUGUGCGAGUAGUAUGAGGUAUUUGCCUCUUCUUCUGAAGCACUGUCAAUUUGAAAUGAUUGAGGAAAUCAUACGACCGAUUCAUUCUCCUAACCAGAGUGAAUUUUGUGUUAUUCUAAAGGAAGAAAUGUACCAUGUUCUUAAUUCUAGAAUUCUGAAAGAAAAUUUAAUUCUGUACGUACAAUUUCACCCUCUAAUGGAAAGUUCCAAAUUCAGGUAUUCAUUAUAUUCGAUGAUGAAAAGUGAACCUUUGAUUCGCGAAAGUUUAGUUGUUAAAAAGAAGAAUCACAAAGACAAAUCUUCUACGAAAAAAAAGAAAUCUGCUGACAGAAAAGAAUUUUAAUAUUUUAUUUCACUUACACUCAUUUAUAUGAUAUUCAAAUGUGUGGACGUACCUCGUACGUCUUCGUCUUACUCGGUCACGAUGAUGUUAUCAAAGUUUU